AUGUUGGGCACCAACCCCGAGCUCUGCCCUGCUGCCAGCAGCCCCAGCGCCACCCCCUCAUGGACCACCCCAAAGGAGCCCUGUCCCAGCUCCAGGACCACUGGGAUCUUCUCCCGGGACACCUCCCACUCAUCAGGCUGUGGCUUCACGGCGCCAGUGAAGGAGUCGUACACCAAACCCCACGUCGUGUCCUCCAGCGAGCCCUGUCCCGGGGGGCUGGGCCUCCCCCUGCCCUGCCCACGGCAGAGGGUGUCCCCAGGCUCAUGGAGGGACAGUCCCACCCCAGGGUGUCCCCAAGGCUAUGGGUGGCGUGGAGGGGGCACGGCGCCAGUGAAGGAGUCGUACACCAAACCCCACGUCGUGUCCUCCAGCGAGCCCUGUCCCGGGGGGCUGGGCCUCCCCCUGCCCUGCCCACGGCAGAGGGUCGUGUACCGCACCGAGUACCGGCAGGCUGUCCGCACCGACUACCGGCGGCGCUACCAGUGCUGCCAGGGCUACUACGAGAGCCGGGACUCCUGUGUCCCUCACUGCAGCCAGGAGUGUGUCCACGGGCGCUGCGUGGCUCCCGAGCUGUGCCAGUGCGAGCCGGGCUGGCGCGGCCCCAGCUGCUCCAGCGAGUGUGACGAGCGUUCGUGGGGACCGGACUGUGGACAGCGCUGCCAGUGCCACCAUGGGGCCCCUUGUGACCCCCUGACCGGGCUCUGCUCCUGCCCCCCUGGCUUCACCGACCCCCUGUGCCGCCAGCCGUGCCCACCUGGCACCUACGGGCAGGGCUGUCACCUGUCCUGCCCCUGCCACCACCAGGCCCCCUGCAACGCCUCCACUGGCGCCUGCCUCUGCCCAGCGGGGCUGAGCGGCCCCCUCAUCCUCAUCUUCUCCCACCAUCCUCACCUCCCAUCCUCAUCUCCCUCUGCACCAAUCUCAUCCUCCCCUCCUCCCUGUCCCCCCUGCACCCUCACCCACCAGCCAGCCUGCACCCCCAGCUGUCACCCCAUGCACGGGGAGUGUGUUUGCCUCCCUGGCUGGGCUGGGCUCUACUGCAAUGAGAGCUGCCCCCCCGGCUACUUCGGGCCUGGCUGCCUGCAGAGCUGCCUCUGCCUCCAUGGGGGGGUCUGUGAUGGGACCACUGGCCACUGCCACUGCCCCCCUGGCUACACGGAUGAGCACUGCUCCUCCCUGUGUCCCCCCAACACCUUUGGGAUGAACUGCUCGGGGCGCUGCUCCUGCCAGCACGCCCUGGCCUGCUCCCCACUCGACGGCUCCUGCUUCUGCAAGGAAGGCUGGCACGGACCUGACUGCUCAAAGCCGUGUCCUGCUGGUUCGUGGGGUCCCAGCUGCAACCGGAGCUGUGACUGUGCCCACGGGGCACCCUGUGACCCCCAGAGCGGGACGUGCCACUGCCCCCCGGGCUGGCAGGGCCCUCGCUGCCUGCAGCCCUGCCUGAACGGGACGUUUGGGGCGGGCUGUGGGGAGCGCUGUGCCUGCGCCCACGCUGACGGCUGUGACCCGGUGACAGGAGAGUGCCACUGCCUGCCUGGCUGGACAGGGCCGCAGUGCGAGCAGGGCUGUCCCCACGGCUCCUGGGGCCGGGGCUGCCUCAUGUCCUGCUCCUGCCGCAACGGAGCCUCCUGCUCCCCCCAGGAUGGAUCCUGCACCUGCACCCCGGGUUUCCGCGGCCCCACCUGCCAGCGCCCCUGUCCCGCUGGCCGCUACGGCAAGCGCUGCUCCCUGAGCUGCUCCUGCGCCAACGGCUCCUCCUGCCACCCCACCAACGGCUCCUGCCUCUGCACCCCCGGCUGGAGGGGCCCCCGCUGCUCCCAGCCCUGCGCCCCCGGGACCUUUGGGCUCCAGUGUGAGCAGCUCUGCCACUGUCCCCACAACGCCACCUGCGACCCCACCAAUGGCACGUGUCCCUGUGCCCCGGGCACGGCCGGACCCCACUGUGAGGCUGGCAAUCCUGACGUGCCCUACACCAUCGAGCCAGCCCCCCCUGCAGCCUACAGCCCCCUGGGCAUGGUGCUGAGCCUGGUGGCCAUGGUGGUGCUGCUGGUGGCUGUGGUGGUCACAGCCCUGUGCUACCACCACGGGCAGAAGGGGAAGGAGCGGCAGCACCUGGCUGUGGCUUACAGAGCAGGACAGACGGACACCUCUGACUACAUGGUGCCAGAUGUACCCCCAAACCACCACGCCCACUACUACUCCAACCCCAGCUACCACACCCUGUCCCAGUGCCCGCUGCCAGCCCCUGGCCCCCAGGACAGAGCCAGCUCCCUCAAGGUGCCUGGCAGCCAGCUCUUCCCCAGCAUGGAGAGACCUUACAGCCCUGAAGGCAAUGCCACGCUGCCUCCUGACUGGAAACACCUCGGGGCACCAGCUCUGGGCCCCAGGGGCAGGCAGGUGGACAGGAGCUACACCUACAGCCACGGGCUGAGGAAGUGUGAGAGCAAGGAGCACCCCUGGGAGGGGCUGGGGGCCAGCAGCAGCUCCCUGGCCAGCGAGAACCCCUACGCCACCAUCAAGGAGCUGCCCCCUGCCAUCAGCAAGGCCCACGAGGGCAGCUACAUGGAGAUGAAAUCCCCUGUCCAGAGGGAGAUGUCCUACGCUGAGAUCGGGCUCCUUGAGGAGCCACCACAAGAGGAGAGUUGUCCUGAAGGCCCCCCUCACAGAGAGCCCCCCAGCCACUACGACUCCCCCAAGAACAGCCACAUCCCCUGUCACUACGACGUGCCCCCUGCCCGCCACUACCCGCCAUCCCCUCCACUGCGCAGGAAGGACCGCUGAGGGACAGCCAGAGGGGACAGAGCACCCCUGCAGGGACUGGAGCAUCCCUGAGCAGGGGGCUGCAGGUGGUGAAUAAAGGGAUUUUGGUGUGGAGUGUUGUCCUGGUUUGCAGGGCAGGUGUCUGCCAAUAAAUGCGGAAA